AUGCGGGAUUCUAUACAUCCUAGAGAGGACUCGAAUUUGAAGACUGAAAGAUUCUCUAAAAAGUCUCUCUGCGUUCCCACGAGGCAAAUGGGGUAUAUCCCGCCAACAGCACCAACACCUCAUCUCAACCGCCUACCUCACUCCACUCUCCCUACCAACGCGUUUCGUCGUUUCCUUUUCUCUCUACCUUUCUUUUGGUUCGCUGCUUACACUACUGUAAUCGUUUACUUCGUUCCUACUACAUCUCUUAGCUUCGUCGCCUACGUGAAGUCUCACCUUUUACCUGAAGCCACACUACCUGAACCCAUACUCUCAAUGAGCGACGACUACACCCACCUUGACUCCUUGCCAGACAACUUUAUUGAUCUGCAAUACGAUCUUCUCACAACUCAAUAUCUGACUGGCCUGAAAUCGCUACGCCAUUUCUUUGACGCCACGCUUACAAGUAUCGACGCCGACGUCCCUGAGUGGGAAGCCGAAAAAGUCGUACUAAACAACACAUUAAGUGAGACUUUGAACCUCAGUGUUCGUAUCCGAGCUCUCGAACGGUACGUCGGUGGCCUUUGCUACGUACUACGUAAGUGCUACUGUGAUGCUCCGCAAGAACUCUGGGUGGCCGUUAGGCAAUUUGAGAAAGAACACGGAGUGGACGUCUCGGCGUUCCGGAAGGCCCAUGAUAUAUCAAAGGCAAAGAGUACCGACACCCCAACAAAGGACAGAUGCCAUGGCUGGUAG